ACAGGAAGCUGCACCCGACAGAAGCUCCAGGAUGCUUGUUCUCUUUCUGCUAGGCACAGUCUUUCUGCUCUGCCCAUAUUGGGGUGAACUUCAUGACCCUAUAAAAGCGACUGAAAUAAUGUGUUAUAAAUGUAAAAAAUAUCAUCUCGGGUUAUGCUAUGGUGUCAUGACAUCCUGCUCCCUGAAGCAUAAACAGUCCUGUGCAGUUGAGAACAUUUACAUCCUUACAAAGAAAGGGCAGAGCAUGUAUCAUUAUUCAAAACUGUCGUGUAUGACCAACUGUGAGGACAUCAACUUCUUGGGGUUCACGAAGAGGGUAGAGCUCAUCUGUUGUGAUCAUAGUAACUACUGCAACCUCCCUGAGGGAGUUUAGUUCUAUGUCUCUCCUGGAUUUUGGGUUCUUUUUCAACCACUACCCUCUUUUUCUCUUCCCUGAACCUGAAUUUUGCUCUCCUCUUCUAUGCAAUGGUAGAGAGUGAGGAAGCCAGCUCAUAGUGAAAACACAAGCAGGCAUAAGGAGACGCAGUGCGGACAGCAGAGCCUAUUGAUGAUGGAGCACUAGACUCACUCUUUGCACAUCCCUGUCGCUCACAGGUGGGAGGGGUUUUGCUCUCCUUACAUGAUACUGCCAUGAAUAAGCUCAGACUUGGUCAUUUAUUAUCUCCUGUAUGAAAAUGUGAACACUCGGGCCAUAAUAAUCUCCAAUUUGUACUGAGAAUUCUGUGACUAUCCUCUAUCCUCAUCUAUACACACACUCCUCUCCGUUGGAAUUCUCUUUGGAUUAGCCCUGACACUUUCUGGCACUGUCCUUUUCUGCCCAUGGGUUCUGGAGAGGGCUAACCCCAGCUUCCCAGUGUGUUG